UUUUGGUUUUCAAUUAUGCCAAAAAUUAUUUUCCAAUCACUAAUGGAUUCAUUUCAAUUUUGAUCCAAUUUUUUGAUCUCUACAACCGAUGAGCUAUAUUUAUAUUAUUAAAAAAAAAUUUGAUCUCUCCCUUUAUUCAAAACAAACAACCAUUAUGUCCUAUUUAUCAUAGAUAAAAAAAACCAACCAUAUGCAAGUCACACAUUUAUUCACAUCGUUUUGAUCUACAUUUAUUAUUAUUAUAAUUGGCACAUUAUUUUGCAAAAAACAAAUCAGUGUCAUUUGUCAUCAGCAGCAGAAACAUUCGAAAAAUUGGAUUACAAAUCAAUGAUUAUAUUGGUAACGACGGCGACGACCAAUAAACAGACAGCAAAUUCAACUAGACAACAGCAACAACAACAACAACUAAUCAGUUUUCAUCAAAUCAAUUUCAAUUAUCAUCAUUGAUCAAUUGCUUACAUUGUGGUUGUUAAUCAUAAAUCAUAAAUCAUAGUGUUAACCAUGAAAAGAAAAAAAAGAAGAGGAAGAACUCGGGCUGAAACGCCUCACUUUUCAUCACCAUCAUCAUCAUCAUUAUCUAUUAUCGAACAAAAUUCAUUUUCAUAAACAAAUCCGGUUGUCUUGGAUCUUCAUCAUGUUCAUUAUUCAAUUCAUAGUCAAUAUAUUAGCCAUUGAAGAUUAUUCUCAAUCAUCAUCGUCCAACAUUAUAAAUGAAACAAUCGAUGAUCAUCAACAAAUGCCUUUAUUUCAAAUCGAUUGUUAUAGCCUUAAAAUUGGUCAAUUCUAUUGUGAUCCAAUCACGAUCGAUGAUGAUACACAACAGCCAUUUGGUUGUUCAGUAAAUAAUCUAGCACCAAUUAAUUGUACAUUACUUAAUGGUUUAAUCUGUGAUGAACAAUCGAAAAAUUUGUCCAUACCGUCGACAAAAUCGAAUAACAAUAAUCAACAACAACAACCACAACGUAUACAAUUAGCAAUACCAUGUCAAUAUACAAAUGGCUAUUCAUAUGAGAUAACAUUAUUAUUAUCAAUAUUUUUGGGCAUGUUUGGUAUUGAUCGUUUCUAUCUUGGUUAUCCUGCAAUUGGUUUGCUCAAAUUUUGUACAUUAGGUUUUCUAUUUUUGGGCCAAUUUAUUGAUAUCAUAUUGAUUGCUAUGCAAGUAGUUGGACCAGCUGAUGGUUCAAAUUAUAUUAUCAAAUUUUUUGGACCUCGAUUAACCAUUAUCAAUUCAUUUCGGCAACAACGUUUCGGAUUAUUGGAUAACAUUCCAUUCAUUUAUGAUAAUGAUGAUGAUAAUUAUACCAAUUAUCGAAUGGUUAUACAUUCAGGUUUUGAUUUGUAUUUCUAUCCACCAUCAGCAACAAUAACGACAACGAUCAAUAAUUUGGCCAUCACUAGUUCAUCAUCAAUUGUUAGCAAUGAAACUUUAAUCGCUGCUACUACUCAUCAUAAUAAUUUGUGAUCAAAAAAUUUUUAUAUUUAGUGAAUUUGGAAUGGAAUUAAUCUUUGUUUGAAAAUUUGUUGUUGUUCAUUCUGUGUGUGUUUACCACAAUACAUUACACCAUUGAUUAUUAUUA